AUGGUCGAUGCCGGCAAAACCCACACCAGCCUCGCUGCAGGUGCACAACAUCUCUCCAAACGCCUCGUUGCAUCUUAUGUGAUAGAUUGGAUUCUCAUCUUAGGCAUUGCCGCCAUUGGUAUCGGCUUCAGCAACAUCGACGGAAGCAGACGUAGGUUCAGUCUACAAGAUCCCCACAUCUCCUAUGCCUACCAUGACGAUACCAUCUCGAACGCCGUGCUGUUUGUCGUCUCCCUCAUUGCGCCCGCGGUCAUCACUGCAGUGCUCUGUCUGAUCCUUGAGCCGGGACCGACCGUCGACCGCGCAUCGACGCCUAGAGAACCGCUCUGGCGCCAAAAGAUCUGGGAAUGGAACACCGCCUGGAUGGGCCUCGGUCUGACGCUGGCAAGCACAUACGCAAUCUCCGAGGGCCUAAAAGAUUUGGCUGGAAAACCGCGUCCUUACCUGCUUGAUGUGUGCGAUCCCGACCUGAGUCCUGCAUCGAUCGUUAGACACCGUGUCGGUGGGCUAGGGACGUCUGUGGACUCGGCGGUGCCAAUUGUCGUGGAUUGGCAUAUCUGUCGAAGCACCGACGAGGAUAAGCUGAGCAAUGCCUUUGCCAGUUGGCCGUCGGGCCACUCGAGUUAUAGCUGGGCGGGCAUGCUGUAUCUCACCCUGUUUGUCUGCGCCAAAUUGGCUAUCCAUAUCCCGUUCCUCCAGCCCACGUACCCAGAUCGGGGACGCACUGGCACCUAUCUCUUCGCGGACAAAGGGAAGGAGAAGUACCGACCACGGACCUCUUCUUCCCAGCGAAACGAAGCCGCAGCUCCCCCGAUAUAUUUGCUGAUUCUAGCAUUUGUACCCAUGGGCACGGCACUUUUCAUCUCGGUCUCCCGCUAUUUCGAUUACCACCACGACGGCUUCGACAUUAUCUCAGGUGCUCUCAUCGGGAUAUGCAUGGCCUGGUUUGGUUUUCGAUGGUAUCAUCUACCGAUUCGAGGUAGUGCCGGAUCAGCUUGGGGUGCGAGAAGUAGAAACCAUGCCUUUUGGCCUGGGUGCGGCCGGAUAAGUUACGUAGGAGACGAAGGGUGGGAAACCGAGAGGACAAUCGUUCCUCGUGAAGAUGAUGACGUGGAAGCGGCUCGAUACAUCAAUGAACAACCUAGCAUGUCUGGCGCUCAGAGCGAAGAAACGAUUGCAGACGCGAUCGGAGCGCAGUCUGAGCGAGGAAGACCUGCGUACACCGCAUGA